AUGUUGGUCAUUAAGUUCUUGUAGUUGAAAUACAACGAUGGUUUUUCAUAUCAUUGGUCAUGGUUAAAUUCCAUGUGAGAAUAAUGAUAACAUACAUUGUAUUUAUUUUAAGUACAAUUUUUGUGGUGAGCUUUGUAAGUUUUUCUUCAAAGCCUUCUCCUAUUUAUGGUGGGUUUGGUUUGAUUGUGGCUGGUGGUAUUGGUUGUGGUAUUGUGUUAAAUUUGGGGGGAUCAUUUUUAGGUUUAAUGGUUUUUUUAAAUUUAUUUGGGGGUAUACUUGUAGUGUUUGGAUAUACUACCGCUAUGGCUACUGAGUCUUAUCCUGAGGCGUGGACGUCUAAUAAAGCUGUGCUAGGGAUGUUUAUUACGGGAGUGUUAGCAGAAUUGUUAACUGCUUGCUAUAUUUUAAAAGAAGAUGAGGUUGAGAUUGUAUUUAAGUUUAAUGGUGCAGGUGAUUGGGUGAUUUAUGAUACAGGUGAUUCAGGGUUUUUUAGUGAAGAGGCCAUGGGAAUUGCAGCACUAUAUAGUUAUGGAACUUGACUAGUGGUUGUCACUGGUUGGUCCUUGCUUAUUGGUGUAUUAGUGAUUAUAGAAGUUACUCGUGGAAAUUAAGUAAAAGUAAGCGAAGGGUUAAGGUGAUUAUGAAAGAUAGAAAGUAGAGUUUAACUAGCCCUUUCUGAUUAGAUACGACAGUUGACAUUUUUAUCUGGAAAUAAGAGAUGGAUUUUGGUAAUACAUUUUCUAGUCAGAUUAUAUCUAAUAGUAUCGAUGCGGAUUUUUGGCUUACAGUUAGGCUUAUUGUUGAUGGGAGGCGGUGUAUUACGAUUGGAAAGUACCCUAGGAUGUUAGAGAACUUAAAAAGGUUUGAGGGGUAUUUCAAUUUUAAGUUUUUAGCCGCGAGGUUGAGUUCUAAUGCCAUGAUAAAGCCUGUGGUAGUCACGGCGAGGGCAGUUAGUUUCAGAUAAUGGGGUAUAGUUAUUUGUGGGAUAGUUGUUGGGGGGAUAUUAUAGGAAAUUAGGUAUCCUGCAAAAAUGCUUCCAAUUAAGAGACGUUUGAUGGAAUUGAUAAGGUGGGGAUUAUUUUCAUUGAUUAGGUUCAAGGAAUUGAA